AGGCAGAGUGGGGCGGGAAAUGCCUUUGCCAUCCAAGGAAAUCGCCUCCGCGUGGGCCACCGUCGCAUGUACACACAACAGCCAUGACUGCUGUCGGUUUCUGUGGAGAGUGGUUUAUUUUCACAUGCGACAAGAAACUCGUAGCAAUUCACUCCAAACAGGCCAGAGAAUCGUUUGUGUUUGACUGCGGCACUGCUGAGAAGAAGCCAAAGAAUGCGAAGGAGGAUAACAACAGUGAUGGCGGUGCCUCAGAGGAAACAGGAAGUGACAAAGUCCUUGCCUUCGCCGUAUCGCCAUCUGGAAAGUUGGUGGCGCUGACUGAUGACAGCAAGAGACUGGUCCUGUUUCGCUGUGAGCCCUCAUGGCAGUGUAUCAGCAUCAGGUGGGUAGUGAGGAGGUGCACCUCCCUGAUGUUCAGCCAGGCGGAGGACAAGCUGCUGGCGACUGACAAAUCAGGAGACGUGUACUCCUUCUCAGUGGUGGAGCCGCAGAGGGACGGAGAGCUGAAGAUGGGCCACCUGUCCAUGUUGCUAGCUUUAAGCAUGUCGCCGGACGACAAGUACAUCAUCACAGCCGACCGUGAUGAGAAGAUUAGAGUAAGCCACCUCAGGUCUCCGUACAACAUCCAGUCCUUCUGCCUGGGACAUCAACAGUUUGUCAGUGCUCUGCUGGUCCCAUCGGGUCAUCCAAACUGGCUGCUGUCUGGAUCAGGGGACGGGACCAUGAAGCUGUGGGAGUAUGAGUCCGGCCGUAAGCUGCAGAGCUGGGACCUUAAAGAGCUUGCAGAGGCACAGAGCUCUGAAGCUGACAAACCGAAGAAGCCAACUGUAUGCCGCAUCGCCAGCUCUCCUGAUGCUCGCCAUGUAGCCGUGCAGUGUGAGAGAGUGUCCACAGUUCAGUUCUUUACUCUGGACCAGGAGGGUGAAGACAAGCUCGUGCCACACAGCAGGCUCUCCCUCCCCCACUGUCCCCUCGACAUGACCUUUGACCUGGAAGGCCGCCUCUGGGUGCUGAUGGACUCCAGCGAUGCACCGCUCCAAAUUUACUCACACAAACAAGACUCCUGGGAGUGUGACGCUGAGAGCCCGGAACUGAACCGAGUGACUGAAGAAUUCAAGCCCCACUGGAAGACACUUGAGGCCUCCACGAGGACCGACAGCCGCUUCGAGCAUCUGUACAAGGUGAGCUAUGACAACGUGACGGCGUACCUGCAGAAGAAGCAGCAGAGAGUGGAGGAGCAGCAGCUGAAGAGAGGAAUGGCACAGAAAGCAAACGGCAACAAGAAGGCCAAGAAGGAGGCGUCAGGAGCCGUCACUCGCUCAUCUACCUAAAAUGGACACUCUGAAAAGAGAGCUAUUAUUUCCUUAAUGUUUGCUUUGAACAAUGCAUCGGAUUUGAAUGUGUUUAUUUGAUGAAGCCCGUGAAAGGGGUGUGCUUUACUGCAUGACCGGUUUGGAUGGAUUUUUGUUUGGCAUAAAUUUCUGGCUGAUUUUUCAAAAUAAACGUUGCAGCUAACCUUGAA